CUCUCUCUCUCUCUCUCUCUCUAAAACACAAAAACACAAAGAAACUUCACUGCUGCUUUGCCUUUGCUGAUCAAGUAUGGGUGCUCUGGACGCUCUUUCAGACUAUUUCACAAUCUCCAAACCAAAAAAGAAACGAAAGCCAAUGCAGACAGUUGAAAUCAAGGUGAAAAUGGACUGUGAUGGCUGUGAAAGGAGAGUUAAAAAUGCUGUCUCUAACAUGAAAGGUGCUAAACAAGUUGAGGUUAACAGAAAGCAGAGCCGGGUGACGGUGACGGGGUAUGUGGAACCAAACAAGGUGUUAAAGAAAGUGAAGAGCACAGGAAAGAAAGCUGAACUUUGGCCCUAUGUCCCUUACAACUUGGUGGCUUAUCCUUAUGCGACCGGAGCUUAUGACAAGAAGGCUCCCUCUGGUUAUGUGAGGAACGUGGCUCAGGCACUUCCUACCCCAGGUGCACCAGACGACAAGUACACCACUAUGUUUAGCGAUGAAAACCCAAAUGCUUGUUCCAUCAUGUGAUAUGAUGUAAUUAAUUAAGCUUGUAUUUGUCAGUAAUGAAAUUAUGUACUUAAUUAAAAGGGAUGGAGUUGACUAGCAACCUAGAUUAUCCCCGGAUUAAGAUAGAUCUACUGCCACUUUGUUGCUUUGAGUUUGUGUUUAGGUUGUUCUCUUUCUUUCCUCCUUAUUGUUAAUUAGGUUUGUAAUUAAUGAAAUGAUCUUCUGUUGUU